UUGUAGUUUGUCAAAAAUUGGAAAAUGCGUUCAGAGAGUAACUCAUCUUACAGUGAUGAAACUGGGCUUGAAUUGGGCUUGGGCUUAGGCCCACGUGUUACAAAGACUAACAAAUCAUCAACAAAAUGGUGUGAGUAUGGUAGAAUUUUGACUGCUAAAGAUUUUCCUAAUGGAUUUAUUACAAGGAGAUUUAAUAAUAUUUGUACUGAUGAGAAUAUUGGAUCUGCUUCUACAAGUGCCAGUCAGGUUGUGGGAUGGCCACCAAUAAGGACUUACAGGAUGAAUAGUUUUAAUCAAUCAAAGAUUACAAAUGCUGAUCAUCAACAAGAAAAUGGGAACAAAGAAAUUGAGAGUUCAAACAAGAAAAUUAAUCAUGGAAAUAGUACCAAGAAUAAUGAUGUAGAUUUUGUAAAGGUGAAUAUGGAUGGACUGCCAAUAGGAAGAAAAGUGAAUUUGAGUUCUCACAUUUGCUAUGAAACUUUAGCCAAAAUCUUGGAGGAAAUGUUCUUCAAAUCAACCAAAACUACUAAUUGUGGAGAAAAGGAACAAGUAACAAAGUCAUGUAAGCUCUUGGAUGGAUCAUCAGAGUUUGUCCUCACAUAUGAGGAUAAAGAUGGAGAUUGGAUGCUUGUUGGAGAUGUUCCAUGGGGGAUGUUUUUGAGCAAUGUGAAAAGGCUAAGAAUCAUGAGGACUACUGAGGCCAAAGGACUUGGUAUGUAGAACAUGGAGAAACACAAAAGAAAAUUGAUCUAGUUCACUUAAUUAGCAAAUGAUCAAAUGAGACCACAGCUUGGAAAAACUAUAUAUAGGGAAAUAGUACAAGUAGAGAAGCAAAGAGUACACAUUUUGGGGAGUACUUUCUUAUAGUUCCAAUUUUUGUUCUUGCAAUUAUUAUUUUUUGUCUAAUGUAAGCCUCAUUCAAGCUAGCUAGUUCUUAAAACCCCUUAUAUAAU